AUGGCUCCCUCAGCUCUCGCAGAUAUCUAUCCAAUCCCAACGAGGCACUACUCCAAGUCAUCGACUGUAGUAGCUUCGGUCUUACACGGGCCAAGGGAUUUGCGGCUGGAAACUCGUACCAUUACGGACCCUGCCGCCAAUGAACUCCAGAUCGCUAUCAAGGCCACUGGACUGUGCGGGAGCGAUUGUUCCUACUACAGCAAGUUCUGCAAUGGUGACCUGCAGGCUUGUGAGCCAUUGUCGCUAGGCCACGAGUCUGCCGGGAUCGUGGUGGCCAUCGGCCAGAGUGUUACCGGUUACCAGGUUGGCGACCGCGUUGCUCUGGAGAUGAGGUUUCGCAGUAGCGCCAAAUCCGUGCCUCACUUCCAGGGAACGCUUCAGGAACGCAUUAACCAUCCCGCAAAAUGGUGCCACAAACUACCUUCACAUGUUUCCAUGGAAUCGGCUGCGCUUCUAGAGCCUCUUUCUGUUGCUAUCCAUGCAACAAGAAGAGCUCAAAUCGAGCAGGGUGACACGGCCAUUGUUUUCGGCGCCGGUACGGUCGGUCUACUGACAGCUGCGAUGGCCAAGGUGUCUGGCGCCACAACAGUCGUCAUCGCAGACAUCGACUACGGACGAAUAAACUACGCCUUGGCGAACGGCUUCGCACACAAAGGUUACAUUGUGACCCCACAAAAUGCGACUGAGACUGCCGAGAAAUUCGCGGUAGCGAAGGAGUUGGCUGCAGAUGUCAUGCAGAUUGCUUCGCAGAAUGAGAUCGACUUCGAGGGUGCCGACGUUACCUUUGACUGCACUGGAAAGGAAAUCUGCAUGCAAGCCGGGCUAUAUGCGACAAGGCCUGGCGGUAAGCUCAUCAUGGUCGGAAUGGGCACGCCAAUUCAGACACUACCCAUGUCAGCCUCUCACCUAAAGGAAGUCGACAUCCUCGGAAUCUUCCGUUACGCCAAUACCUACCCAACCGGCAUCAAGAUCUUGUCUGCUGGUGUGCUCCCAAGUCUCGACAAUAUGAUCACUCACAGAUACCAUGGAUUGGCGUCCACAGAGGAAGCCUUUGAGCUCGCAGGCAAGACAGUUGACAAAGAUGGCAAUCUUGUUCUCAAAGUUCUUGUCGAGAUGUAG